CACACACACACACCGAAUAAUAGCCAGCGGUGGUGAAUCAAGGUUUGAGUGUGUAAUGCGUAUACACACGUCAGUAGUCUGACUAAGGUCACUCACCCAGCCUGCAGUCGCGUCCACUCUACAUGAAUUCCUCACAUCGCCAGGAGAUCGACGGACUGGUGGAAACGCACAUUUUAAUAUAAAUUCGGUUUGCUGAAUUUGUGAUUAAUAGGCCUAAUAUUUGAACUGUCCCUAACUGACAUCCCUUUUGUUUGUGCAUUUGUAUUUUCGUUCCACAACCACGCAACCAUGAGGUUCCACUCCUGGAGAUCAAUAACCUGCACUGGUCAAGGCAAUGAUUGACCUCUGGACCUCAGGACAGUGUUCGCAGCACACACCACUGCUUCACACACAGCUCCGGGGUCUCUCUCUCUGCUGCUCGUUCCACUGCCAGCACCUCAGGGAAGCUUGGAGUCCGCAGACCACCCAAGGGCUUCGGGAGAGCGCACACUGGGAGGCCUGCAGGGUGUGUGAAUGCACUGAAGGAUGGCCAUGAUUCGGAAAGAAAUGGCAGGUGGACUACUGCUCACUUUGAGCCUUGCUCUGCUGGCGUGGGGGGCCGAGGGGCAGGGGAACGGACGGGAUAAGAAACAAGUGUCUGGCGGGGCUACCGUCUAUCUCGGCCAGGAUAGAGACUUCUGGACCCCGCUGAUCCACACAACAGUCAACCUCAGUGAUAUCCACAGUAUCAAGUCAUCCUUUCAGUUAAGGACAUUCGACCCAGAAGGUGCAGUUUUCUACGGAGACACCAAAAACGGGCUGGACUGGUUUGUUCUGUCCCUAAAAGACGGUAUUCCUCUGAUGCAGAUCAGCAAAGGAGACGUCCACGUCAGCGUAUCCGGUGGCCCCAAACUCAACGAUGGAAAAUGGCACACGCUGGAGGUGAGCAACCAAGGGAAGUUUGUGGUUCUAGAGGUGGACGGCUCAAACGGGCUGGUGGUGGGAAUGCAGUCCGAACAGACAGAGGAGGUCCUCACAGGAAAACUCCGACUGGCCCUCGGCGGGAUCCUGAUCGACAAGGACGCGAUGAUUGUUCAGUUCGAGCCUCACUUGGAUGGCUGUGUGCGUGAAGGCCACUGGCUGAACCUCAGCGUCCCCUGGGACACAGAGGCGGAGGAGCUCUGGCCCUGCUAUCAAAACGUGCGACCUGGCAGCUUCUUCCCUGGCACCGGAUUUGCGGUUUUCAACACCUCAGUUUUCCCCAUCGAGGCAGAUCGUGUGGUCAAGGCUGAAUUCUGGGGAGAUUUCAGUAAGAUGGAUGGAACCAUUUUAAGCAUCAGGGCUCCUGGGCAAGAGCUGAUGUUCGCUUUAGUGGCCAAUAAUACAACAAAGGAGGUCACGCUCACCUUCGGGGAACUAAAGAUCAGUAUGAAAGACACACUCAAGAAACUGGCGAUAACCUUUCAGGCAGAUUCACUGCGAGUGCUUCAAGAUGAAGACGAAUCAAAGAGCGCUUCGCUUUCUGUCGGUUCAGAGAGCCGCCCUGGAUACUUGAACCUGUGGAGAGAGGGUCGACUUGCUGUUGGAGGUCUAUUAGGUGACGGUGAGGACAACGUCGGCUCCCAGUUCUUGACAGGCUGUCUGGAGAAGCUUCAAGUCCAAGAGAAAGAUUUGGACCUGGAUUUAGCUGUCAAACACAUGUCAGUGUCCUCUCACAGCUGCCCUGCAUAGACCAUGAAAGCACGCAUGUACAGCAUGUGGACUAGAUGUUUGCGGUGGAUUCAUCUGGAUUAAAAAUGGCAUUUUAAAAAAAACUGUAUUGUGAAAAAUUGUCUACUCAAUUUGCUAUAGAGACACAGCACCCUCUACUGGUACUCUCUUACUGGGUCACUUACAGUUAAAUGUGGUAUUUCUACCUAUUAAUCUCUAAAAUGUGGAGACUUGUUAUGUUUUCCAAUAAAUAUUGCAUCCUUUAGCCCCAUUCCAAGAGAAAAUGCUGAUUUAUAUGUGAUGUGAGGGGUGUUGUGACCUUGGUGCGGGCAACAGUAUGUUUCUGAAUAAAAUAUGAUUCUCCUGAA